GCCAUCUGAGGAGGGUGGGAAACGUGUAAUAGGGGCGGGGGGAAGAAAAACGUUCUUAAAAAAAAUAUUAAAAAGAAAACAUCCCACUUGGCAGCGAGUGCGCGGGAAGUUCAGCGCGCGAGUUCCGGGCUUCCCGCCCGCCCGCAGACGACCGCCGGUGAGCCCCCAGCCCCCGCCUGGCCGCCCGCUUCGCCGCGUCCGUCAGUCCGUCGUUCUGUUGCCGCGUCCUAGGAGGGCCAGAUUGGUGGCUGUGGGGACUUUUGGAUGAGGGUGUUGCCUGAGCUGGGGGAGACGUGUCUGAACUCCAUUGCUUGGCCUUUGUGUGGUGAUCCCGAGGCCUCCACACUUGAACCGGGCCAAAGCUGUGACCUAGUAUCCCCCCACAGGGAUUGCUCAAAGAACUCCAGGGGACAAACUCACAGUGGCAAGGACAAGGAGAUGAAUGUAGCAGCCAAGUACCGCAUGGCCUCCCUGUAUGUGGGUGACUUACAUGCAGAUGUCACCGAGGACCUGCUGUUCAGGAAGUUCAGCACUGUGGGGCCUGUGCUGUCCAUCCGCAUUUGCAGGGACCAGGUCACCCGCCGCUCUCUGGGCUAUGCCUACGUGAACUUCUUGCAGCUGGCUGAUGCCCAGAAGGCGCUGGACACAAUGAACUUUGACAUCAUAAAAGGCAAAUCCAUCCGUCUCAUGUGGUCUCAGCGCGAUGCCUACUUGAGGAGAUCUGGAAUUGGGAACGUAUUCAUCAAGAAUCUGGACAAAUCUAUCGAUAACAAAACCCUUUAUGAACAUUUUUCAGCUUUUGGAAAGAUCCUUUCCUCCAAGGUGAUGAGUGAUGAUCAAGGCUCCAAGGGCUAUGCAUUUGUGCACUUUCAGAACCAGAGUGCUGCAGACAGGGCCAUUGAGGAGAUGAAUGGAAAACUACUCAAGGGCUGCAAGGUGUUUGUUGGCAGAUUCAAAAACCGAAAAGAUCGUGAAGCUGAACUCAGAAGCAAAGCCAGUGAAUUCACCAACAUUUACAUCAAAAACUUUGGAGGUGACAUGGAUGAUGAGAGAUUGAAGGACGUUUUCAGCAAAUAUGGCAAAACUCUGAGUGUUAAGGUGAUGACAGAUUCCAGUGGGAAAUCCAAAGGCUUUGGCUUUGUGAGUUUUGAUAGCCAUGAGGCUGCCAAGAAAGCUGUUGAAGAAAUGAAUGGAAGGGACAUAAAUGGGCAGCUGAUUUUUGUAGGCCGGGCUCAAAAGAAAGUAGAGCGACAGGCUGAGUUAAAGCAAAUGUUUGAGCAGCUGAAAAGGGAACGAAUUCGUGGGUGCCAGGGGGUAAAGCUCUAUAUUAAGAACCUUGAUGACACCAUCGAUGAUGAAAAACUACGAAACGAAUUUUCUUCAUUUGGAUCAAUUAGCAGAGUUAAGGUAAUGCAGGAAGAGGGGCAGAGCAAAGGGUUUGGCUUGAUCUGCUUCUCCUCUCCUGAGGAUGCUACUAAAGCAAUGACUGAGAUGAAUGGCCGCAUCUUGGGCUCCAAACCUCUUAGCAUUGCCUUGGCCCAGAGACACUAGGAAAGAAAAACGUACCUUUCCAGCUAGUAUCUGCAGCAGGUGGGGGAAUGAUAGUGAUCUCUGCCUGAAUUGACCUCAGUAAAUUUCAUAUUCCACAUGGUGGGUGCUUAGUUUAGUAAACUUUAUGAUAAAACGUUUUUUAUACAAAGCCAUUUUUUUUCUUUUGUGGAAAAAUAAAUGGAGCUUAGUUCAUUUUACAGAGGCACAUUUUCUAAUUUUAAUAUUGCACAUUUUUCUUAUUUUGAUAUGUUCAUAGCAAUAAGUAUAAAUAGAUAUAUUUUUAUUACAUUUGAACCAAAUGAAAUGAGGUAAUUAUUUGAAUUUAUUGCAUAUUUAUUAUUUUAGUAAUAUUGCUAGCUUUAAUUUCUUCUAUGAAAAUAUGCUCAAAAUAGUUCUUACACCUAAAGAUUCCAAAGUAUUUUUAACAACAGAAAUUUUCUAAUUUUUCAUCCAAGUUUUGAGAAAUCAAACUUUUAGAAAUUUAUAGUACGAAUUUAAAGAUCUAAUUUCAUUUUGAAUUAAUGCUUAAAGUACUCUGAUAUAGUUGAAUUUCUUUUAAAUUUAUAUCCUGACAUGCUUGUUUUUCGGAUGGUUUAAAUUAAGAUGAUGGAAGUUUUUAAUGUUGCCUAAAAACUGGCUUUCUGUGUUUUGUUCUUUCCAUUAGUUGACUAUAAUUCAGGUACUUACUAGUUAAUCUAAAUUGUAACUUGCACUGUAAAACCUUAACUUCUACAUUCCUUAAGUUAUAAAUCUGUUAUCAACUCAGGUGAUCCAAAGUUGGCCUGGUCUUAAAUCUCUUCAUACUUAUAUGGCUUAAUAUAUUAUCUUAAAUUUUUACCAGAUGCUAAUAUUAUGAAAAUCAUACAUACAGAUUAUAGAAAUUCUGUUUAAAAACUUUUAAAAUCUCUUUUAUAUUGUUUUGUGUAGUGAUUUUCUCUUAGGGUUCAGAAAAGUAAGUUCCUCUAUUUUUAUGUACUCACAUCUCCUUUUAUUAGAAUGUGGCAGCUAUGGAACCCAUUAAGGUUCACUUUUAGCCUUCAUUUAUCAGAAACACUGAUUGAUUUUCUGAUUAAUUGAAGUUACAUCACUUAUUCUGUUUUCUAGCAUAAUUUUUAGUUUAGAACCAUUCCCCUAUUUUCCUUUCUCUCCUGCCUUUCAUCUAUAUUCCUCAGCUUUUUAAAAUACUUUCUAAAGGAUUUUUUUAUGUUGGCUUUUAAUAUGUGCUGCUUCAAAUCCAUUUGGAAAUCGAGGCAAGAGUUAUUUAAUUACAUUUAAAUAAUUGCUUUACAAAUUCUGAUUCAUACCAAAGGUAUCUAGCAAGCAAGUGCUUUUGUUUUUACUGUUUUCAUAUUUUUACUUGGCUUAGUUUUUUCUCGUAACUAUUAUUCACAUUCUCUAUUUCAUAUAUUACUAAUAUAAAAGAAAUAGUAAAAUAUUUUUUGGCAAUACCUCAGCUUAUGAAUGAGAAAAAUUUGUUGCCUUUUAUUUUUAUAGAAAUUAUAUGUAUAUUCUUUGCACAUUUUCUAAAAUGAAAAUCUUUUAGUCCAUAAAAAAUUAUGGACAAUGAAAAAAUUAAAAGAAUUUGCAUAUAAUUGUAUUAUGCAAACCAAUUCCCUAUUAUAAUUUGUUACAUAUUUUUCUAUUUUUUUCUCUCUCUACAUAUAUACACCUAGGUAAUUUAAGAAAAAUAGGAUAAUAUUACAAAUGUUGUCUGAAAUUGCUUUCUUAAUUAAACAAUAUGCUAUGGUCAACUUUUAUGCUCACAAUAAUUAUUUGUCUUAUAAUCUGAGUGACUUUUAUGUUUUGUUCAAUGACUGUACCAAAAUAUAACUAAUUUCUUAUUGAUAAACUUCUUGUUGCUAGAUAAUUUCUUCCUUUUUUUUCUUCCUCUGUCAUAAAUAACUUGGAGAUUAACAUCCUUGCAAACUUAUAUAUGCAAAUAUAUCUAUUUUCUUAAGAAAAUGUUUAGAAGUAGAAUUAAUGGUUAAAAAAGAAUCAAUUUUAAAAAGUAAUUUUGAUAAAUAUUGCUUAAAUGCUGUCCAGAAUACUUGUGGCACUUACAUUUCCAUUGUCAUUGUAGGAGAAUGCCUAUUUCCAUAUGCUCCAAGAAACAAGGGUUUUUUUUAAGCUGUUGGUCAAUUCAACAUGAUAUGUAAAACAAACCAUUUCAUCAUUGCUUUAUUUCACUUUUGUAAAUUACAAAAGUUGAACAGCAUUUGUGUACUCACUGACCAUUUGUAUUUUCAUACUUAUAAGUUAAUGUCUCAUGAUCAUAAUUUAUUUUCCUGUUGGGGUGUUUUUUAUUUACAUGAAUUUUUAGAUUUCUUUGCAUAUUAUGACUACAUUUUAGACUUUUCCCCCUGAUAUUUCACUGUCUUUAUAGUUUUGAAGGUUAUUCCAAAAUUGAAUGUUAAGCUGGAAAGUUUUAGUAUUUUACUGAAAUGGCUUUGAUGUCAUGCUUCAAAAUAUUUUGAACACUUUAAAUACAUAUAUUCACACAAAUAUAUAUACACCCACACAAUUUAUCUUUAUUGUGUUUAUGACUUUCAGAAUUUCAUAUUCUCAAUGCUUCUAACUAAAAUUUUGGUUCAUAAAAAGUAUCUUAUAUAAAACCUAUAGUAAAUAUUUUUAAAAUGUGCUUUUCCAUUUUUAAUAACAUAUAUUUUGGUAAAUACUUGAUUCAGAGAGCCAAUGAAUUAGAGUUGGCAUAUGAGUUUCACAUAGAUUCUUAUACUAGGUAAGUAUUUACCAAAACAUGUAUCAGAAGCAGAAAGUUGUUAAAAAGAUUUACCAGACAACAAGACUGGAAAGUGUAUUAAGUGUGCCUGGCCUUGACAUCUUAUUCUGGAUAAUCUAGUCUACAUCUUAAUUUAGGAAAGCUAAUCUGUAAAACUGUUCAAAUAUUUGAACAAUAUUUGAUAAUGCUUACAUAUAUUUUCAAGAUAAUAUCAGGAAACAGAGUUCUUUCAUGUAUGUAAGUAGUUAAUAGGACAUAACAUCAGAUGUCUAGAUGAAUUAUAGCUAUGGCUUAAUUACACAAUAAUCUGCCUUCUUAGUAGAAAUUGCUUAUUUCCAGCAUUUGCUGUAAAAAAAUAAAAAAGUCAGUUUACAAAAAUAUACAAUCCUAUGGAUUUAAUUUAUUUAAAUUUUGUUCAUUCUAAUUUUUUUUGGUGCGUGAUAAUAGCAAGUUAUCUUAGUUGAAAAUAGAGAUUCAUUCAUUAAAGAAUAUUAAAUCUUUUGUGCCCAAGUGCCUUAAUAAAUAAGUAGAAUCUUAACUUUUCUGAUAAGCAUUCCAGUAAAAGCGAAUGUACAUAGAUAUGCCUUGAGCCACUGUUUCUACUUUCACCCUUCUCUCCACACAUAUUGCCACGUCUGCUGUGUAGUUGCCUGCUUACAUGUACAGCCAUUUCAAUAAAUGUAUUCUUUUAACAUUUUAUCUUUUAAAUUUCAAAUAGGAAUUUAUAGUUGGUAAAAAUAAAAAUUUUAAAGUGAUUUAAUAUUGUCAUUUUCAUGUUCUCAAUAUUGUUAUAGAUCCACUGAGAAAAUGUCAAAUAAAAUCUAAUAUUUCAAAGGUGAAAGCAUGUUUGAAAAUGAUUUUUAUUUAUUAUAAAGUAUUUCUGAUUUUCCAAAGACCAGUUAUCUUAAGAAUGAACUGAAAAUUACUUGUGUUUUUAGUGAAAUACUUGUAUUUCAGGUUUUCAAGGACAAUUUCUUUAUGAACUAGUAUUUCUUUUUUAAGUUACUCAUAAUUAUGAACUCACAGUUGAAAACAAAACACUAACAAGUUUUAAUGAGGAAUAAUUAACUAUUUUAAAGACAUUUCUGAAUUUAUUGUUAAAUUCAACUAACCUGUCAAGUGCUUAGAAUUGACUUACUCAUAGUACAUUUGGAAAUAUGCCCCAUAAUGUAAUAUUAAAAAUAUAUAUAAUAAAACAAUAGAGUAAAAAUAUAAUUUUAAAAAAUCUACACUUUCAAAAGUAGAACAAAUUAAAUACCCUCACGAUACUUUUGACAUAUAUGUAUCUCCCAAGUGCAUGUGUACUCAAAUCUGAGUUACACGUACAUUUGGAUCUGAAUUUGUUAAAGUCAGAUUAUUUUGCAGGUUUGCCCAGAGGAAAUAUGUAUAAUUAAGUGUUGGUUUUGUCUCAUGGUCUUGUCAUAUUUUAGAGUUCACAGAAUGCCCUGAACUAAAUUGUAGUUGCCCUGAAUGAAACAAUUGAAUCCAAAUGAGAAGGAAAUUUAUCUUCUUAGUGGCAUUCUUAACUGUAGUAGAGAAAACACCUUAACUUCUGAGAGAGAUUCAUAAUUUGAACAAUGAUAUUCCAUCAGAUUUUGUUAACCCAUUUAUAUUUACAUCACCUUAGAUAUUUUAAAAAUCCUUAUUUUAAAGUUUUGCCAAACACUAAUAGCACAUUUGAGUUGCGAAGGCAAUAUCACUGAAGUGGCAGAUAUAAUUAUUGUUUUUUUUUGCAUUCAGUGAAUAUCAGUUAUAAUUCAUUUUUUGUUUUUACAAUCAGUAUCUCCAGUGGAAUUUUCUUAUUUCAGGAAGCCAUGUCUAAUGGUAUUAUAGGGCAUCAGAAUUUUGAUUUACAUUUAAUUUCAACUUUGUACAUGUGCUAGUGGCAGCCAAUAUUAAUUCCUUGAAGUUAAAGUAAACCUUUAUAAUAGUAGUUCCAGCAAAUCUUUGUUAAUCAAAGACAUGCCUCAAUUUGAAUGCAAGGCAAAUCUUAGAAUUAUAACUAGAUUGUUUUGACACAUUAUUAUUUUACUGAAUUACCAUAGGAAGCAUUAGAAGCCUAGUAUUAUUCACCACUCUAGUCACUAACAUUUUAUAUAUAGUUUGUAUACAAAUGACAUUUAUAUUGUAUAGAUUGCAAUUGGCAAAAGGCCAUCAGUUAUAUGGUAAUCCAAGUUUUAAUAUUUAUUUUGAUUUUAACUAAAAAGAUAUUGGUAAAUGCCUAUUUGAUCAUAUCAUUCUUCUCCUUAAAAACCUUUCAUGGCCUUCCAUUACUCUUAAAAUCAGGUAUAAAUCUUUACUGUGUCCUAGGAUUCCUUGCAUUCUGGUCCUUGUGUAUUCUUUAAAUCUUUUCUUGUGCUACUAUUUCCCUUUGUCAAUAUACUGGAUAUUAAUUGGUCUUGUUUCAACUCUUUUAAAACUGUCAGGAUAGUUCCUGCCUCACUAAAAGCUUUAACCUUUUAACAGAUAGAAGGCUGUGUACUGUACAGGUGGAACAAAUCUUCCAACUGGUUUAUGAAAAAAUAUAUGGUGAAAGCAUUUAAUUACCUCCUAGAAAAAAGAUAUUAUAGGUAUAGGUAGCCAGGAAUAGGUUUUUGUUUCAGAAUUCUCAGUGUAAGUUUUAUUGGUUCUGUUUAUGUGAUGUUCUUUUUCUUAACCAAUCACUGUAACCAAGGUAAUGAGAUUUGCUGAUUAGCUGGGGUUAGGUAACAUAUUCAAACGUUAAGCAAAAAUAUCCUUGACCGAGAAAGGUAGAGGUUGUUUUUCAAGGAAAAAUCAAGAUACAAGUGCCAGAAAAAGUGUGAAUUGCUGUAGAAUGAAACUUCCCACCCCAGCAUCUGCAAUAUAUGAGCUAUUAUAGAUAAACUAUUCUCAGUGCCUAGAAUACUCUCCCUUAAUUUUAAUCUGACUGAUUCUUGCUUAUCUAUUUUCAAGCACAGUCUUUUGAACUCUCAGUACUCCCAUUUCCCUCUCUACUUUACUAGCAUAGCACUUAUUAGAGGAGCAAAAUAAAACUCCUCCACCCCCAAGGCAGGCAACAUAACUCUUCUUUUUUUAUUAGUAGCUGGCUCAUUAAUUAAUCCUUAUUUAUCAGUUGACAAACUUAUUACACAUAAUUACCUACUCUUUUCUCUUUCUUAAUACAUGUGACUGGACUACUAAGCCAAUAUAUUGCCUGAAAAGUUCUGUCUCUUUCAGGUAUCUUUCACUAUACAGGUGACUAUAAAAGCAUGAAAUUCCAAAUUAAGUUCAGGAAGUGAUAGAAGAACAUUCUUAAGUUUCAAGAUCUAAGCCACAGUUUUUAUCCAUGUUUUUUAAUUCUCUAAAAUUUAUUUUAUUGAAUAUUUAUAUGGAUAUAACUAACUCCUUUUUUUCUAUCAGUCUAAUGUUCUAAUGUUUCUUUUAUACCUCUCUCUAGGGACCCUUGUGGAGAGACAAGGUGUUUGGGCAAGAUCUAGAUAUUCUUAUGCUUCUGGACUUGCUAAUAUCAGAAGCCAUCCAAACCAGACUAGAUUAAAUAUUGAUGCCCAACAUGGACUUGGGCUCAUAUACACAGUAUAGAAUUUGGGAGCCAAAUUGAAAUAUGUAAAUAAUCUUCUUUUCAAAAUGGAAAUACUUUUCUUUCUUUCAAGAGACAGGAAAGUCUCCCUAUAGGAUGUUAACCUACAAAAACUGAUACCUUUUUUCAAAAUUAGAUCACAUAUGGUGUUACAGGGAGAAAAAGAGUAAGUCUGUUGGAAAAGCUGGGGAGGAUCACCUUCAAAUAUUUAUAUUUUUAAAAAAUAUAUUAUUUUAAGUAAUAGCUCAUUCUUCACAUUUCUGCUUUUUUGUAUUUUAGGAUAUAGGAUGGGUAUAUUUAUUUGUGGGAUAUCUAAUCUUAUUCUAGAAGGACCAUUUGAAAGAAGCUCUGUUGCAUAAUAAAAAAAAAGUAAAGUAAGUUUCAACUCUUUAAAACGAUGAAGUAGGGGACAGGGAGGAAUAUUCAGUAGAAAAUCACUGCUUCUUACUGAAUCUUUUAUCGGGUAUUGGCUUACAAAGUGCAUACACUACGGCAGCACAAAACUAGAACACUAUAGGCAAAAACAAAGUUGGGCAAAUCAACAUAUUGAUGAGGGACAUUCAUUUAGGUAAUUUUUAUUAUUUAGAACUUAUGUUAAAGAGGUAAUAUCCACAAUAGAAAAUUGCAGAAAUUUUAAGCAUAUAACUUAAUGAAUGAUUAAAGUAUGUAUUUUUUGUAACUACCACUCAAGUCAAGAAAUAGAACAUUACCUGUACCCCUCCAACUCUCUCCCAAGCACUUGUCUAUCUCACUUAUUCAAAUAUAAACUCUAUCUUGACUUCAGAUUCUAAAGAUUAAUCUUGAUUACCUUAAACUUUAUUCAAAUUGAUUCAUACAGCAUGAAUCCUCUUGUGUCACAUACUUUUACUCAGCGUAUUUUAGUGAGAUUCAUUUCAUACUACUGAGUUUAGUAGUAGUGUACUUAUUGUCAUCAUCAUAUUCUUCUGUUGUGUGACUGUAUGACAAAUUAUUUAUUCUUUCACCAUGAAUAAACAUUUGGGUUGCUUUUGUGUUAGAACAAUAACAAGUAAUGCCACUAUAAAAAUUAUCAUAGAUGUCUUUCUUUUUGAUUGAGAUAUAAUUCAGAUAGUAUAAAUUUAUUUUCAAGUAUAAAUUUACUGGUUUUUAAUGUACUCACAAGAUUGUGCAGAAUCACCGCUAUUUAAUUUUGGGACAUUUCCAUCACCUCACAACAAAACUUCAGGCCAAGGAGCAGUCGCUUCCCAGUCUCGUCUCUCCAUAGCCUCUGGCAACAAUAAUAUAGUCUGUGUCUCUAGGGAUUUGUAUAUUCUGGACCUUUCAUAUGUACAUAUAUAUAGUAUAAGUAGUAUUAUAUAAUAUAUGAUCUUCUGUUUCUGCCUUCUUUCACUUAAUGUUUUAAAGUUUCAUCCAUGUUGGAGCAUGUAUCAGCACUUAAUUUCUCUUUAUGACUGUAUAAUAUUCAUUUGUGUGAAUACACCACAUUUUGUUUAUUCAUACAUCACUUGAUGGACAUUUGGAAUGUUUCUACUCUGGCUGUAAUGAAUAAUACUGCUAUGAACAUUCAAGUACAGGAUUUUAUAUGAAUAAAUGUGUUCAGUUCUCUCGGUUAUAUUAAUAGACAAAGACAGUUUCUCAUUGUCAUUAUCAAUUUUAUUCAUCUUCUCAAAAAACCAAGUUUUGGCUUCAUUCACUUUUUCUAUUGUUUUUCUAGUCUUAAUUUUGUUUGUUUCUGAUGUAAUCUUUACCAUUCCCUUUUUAUUUAUUUAUUUAUUUAUUUUUGCUUGCUUUGGGUUAGUGUCCUUUUUUAUGUGUAUUUUCUUAAGAUGAGAAGUUAGGAUAUUGAUUUGAAAAUUUUCCUCUUUUUUAAUAUAGAUAUUCACAGCUAUACAUGCCCUUCAGCACGGCUUUAGGGUCAACCAAUAUGUUAGUGUGUUGUGUUUUUGUUUUCAUUGAUCUUAAACUGCUUUGGUAUGUGUUUUGUUUUCAUUGAAACCAAAGUAUUUUCUAAUUUCCCUUUUGAUUUCUUCUUUGACUCAUUGGUGAUUUAGGAGUUUGUUUUUAACUUCUAUAUAUUUGUAUAUUUCCCAAAUUAUUUCCUGAUAUUAAUUUAUAAUAUCAUUCCAUUGUGGUUGGUGAGCAUACUUUGUAUUAUUUCAAUCCUUUUUUAAAUUUAUUGAGACUUACUUUAUAGCUAACAUGUGGCAUAUUCUGAGGAAUGCUUCAUGUGUACUUGAGAAGAACUGUGCAUUCUGCUGUUAUUGGCUGGAGUACUCUAUAGAUAUGUGUUAGGUGUAGUUGGUAUAUACUGUUGUUCCAGUCAUGUAUUUCCUUUUUAAUUUUCUGUCUGGUUGAAACACAUAGAAGAAGCAAGCAAAAUAUCAGUUAAGAUAUAGAGUAGGACAAAUGGAUCCAAUUGGUAUAUAUUGAAUCAAGAGAAAACAACUGCAGAACACGUUAGUUUUAUGUAUAAGUGGAGUAUUUUCAACUAUAUACCCAAUAAUAAGCCAUAAACAUAGCCACAAUACAUUUCAAGAGAUGAAUAUCAUACUGAAUAUUUCUACUGACAAUUAUGCAAUUCAACUAGGGAUCAAGAAGAAUAUAUAAAUAGAAAAUCCUUACAGAUUCAGAAAUCAAGAGAUACACUGAAAGCACAGUGGACAUUUAAAAUAUUUUGAAUUGAGGCUGAGUGCAGAGCCUCACACCUGUAAUCCCAGCACAUUGGGAGGCCGAGGUGGGCAGAUUACCUGAGGUCAGGAGUUAGAGACCAGCCUGGCCAACGUGGAGAAGCCCCAUCUCUACUAAAAAUAUAAAAAUCAGCUAGGCGUGGUGAGGUGCACCUGUAAUUGCAGCUACUGGGGAGGCUGAGGCAAGAUAAUGGCUUGAACCUGGAAGGCAGAGGUUGCAGUGAGCCGAGAUUUCACCACACCUCUCCAGCCUGGGUGACAGAGCAAGACUCUGUCUCCAGAUAUUCAUAUGUAUAUAUAUAUGAAUUGAGUAUUGUACAAUGAUUAUAUAAACUAUCCAAAGUUAUGAGAAGUAUUACAGUCAUGCUUUAUGAUUUAUUUGUAGUCUUAAAAUGUAUAUAUUAGAAAAGAAAAUGUUGAAGAAAUGAGCUAAGUGUUCAUCUCCAGAAAUUGGGGAAAGGACAGGAAUUAGAAUAAAGUAGAAGAAAAUUAAGAAUAAAAAUUAAAGAAUUAGAAAAAAGAAAGCCCCAAACCACACAAGAACUGAAGGGUACCUAUACAAGUCUGUUAAAAACAUGAGAGAUUCUAAUUCAAUCUGUAAGUUGCUUCAGAGUUACCACAUUAUUCUAACAACAACUAAAAAACUUAACAGACUGAAAAAUCAACAACUCUUAGAUAUGUCAGAGAAGUAUGUGUCAGGACAAACCACUAUAUCCAAAAUUAGAGAGGCAGAUAGACAGAUAAAGAGAAUCACAGUUUAGCAGAACAGAGGCUCACAAGCAGAAACCUGUAUGGUAACCAGUACUCAAGUAGGAAAAUAUAAACUGUAACUGUAUUGCUGAUGGCUUAAUGCAGAUUAGCCUGAGAGAUCAAAACUGCAGGCAGACAAAGUCCUUGGGGGUUCCCACACUUUUGUGAGUUUUACUUUCAGGAGCUUUCCCAGGAGCAGUCCCAGUUUCUCACAGUGAAAAACAGAGUAAAAUUAUUUUAUGGUUCUUACCAGGUAAGGGGAAGACAGUAUUUUGUUAUACUUAAUAAGGCCUACCCUCAAGAGAAACUAUUUUCCCAGAGCCUAACCUAGGGGGUUUUGUUAGACCUUGACCAAAUCAGGGGAAAGUAAAUACACAAUUCCAGUCAACUCUAGUUAUUCCAUACGAAGGAAGGGUUUGAAAAAUGAAAACAAAACCAACAAAAAGAAAAAUGAAAGCAUUUAUGAAGUUCAUAGUGCAAGAGCACAGACUCACUAAAAGACAGAAAUCUAAUCAUAAGACUACAGGAUGCUUCCCUUCCACCCACAUCUUACCACUUACAUUACUAAAGGCCUAGGUACCACAGUUCUUUUUACCAUGUGUGUGUAAAAAGAAUACACACACACACACAUUAUAUAUGUGAAUGUAUAUACACAUGGUAAAAGAAACUGUAUAUAUAUACACACAUAUACACCAUUUAUACCAUGUAUAUAUGUAUGUACAUGUAUGUAUACCAUGUAUAUAUGUAUGUAUACAUAUAUACCAUAUAUACCAUGUAUAUGUGUGUAUGUGUGUGUACACACAUCUGCCUUUCAACAAAAAAGAUAUAUACCUGCUUGUCAACAAAGCUUUGAAAUAUACUAAAUGGCAAAAUGCAAUUUGAAGAGAUACAGCAAGCAUCACAACCAGACUCAACUAUGACAACAAUGUUGGUAUUAUCAAAUCAUGAAUUUAAAAAACUUUAGUGAAUAUGUUAAGGGCUCUAAUGGAAAAAGUAGACAAUAUGCAAGAAUAGAUGGACAAUGUAUGCAGAGAAAUGAGAAUUCUAAGAAAUCAUCAAAAAGAAAUUCAAGAGUUCGAAAACACUGUAACAGAAAUGAAGAAUGCCUUUGAUGGGCUCAUUAUUAGUAGAUUGGAUAAGGCUGAGGAGAAAAUCCCUAAGCUUGAGAAUCUGUUAACAAAACUUAAAAAUGAAAAACACAGUGAAGAAAAAACCAAAAUAAAAUUAUCCAAGAACUAUGGGACUACAGAAGGUGUAACAUACGAAUAAUGAAAAUAUUAAAUGAAGAAGAAAGAGAGAAUGAAACAAAAGAAAUACCUGAAACAAUAAUGACUAAGAAUUUUUCAAAAUUAACAUCAGACAACAGAUUCUGGAAGCUCCGAGAGCACUGAGCAGGAUAAUUAAAAGCAAUACAAAACUAUGCCUGGAAGUAUUGUAUUCAAACUGCAGAAAAAUAAAGACAAAUAUAAAGUUUUGAAAAAAGUCAGAAGAAAAUGACACCUUAUCUAUAGAUGAGUAACUGAGUUCUUAGUAACCAAGCAAGCAAGAAGUAGAGUGAAGAUUUAAAGUGUUGAGAGAAAACAAAACAAAACCAACAAACAACAACUUCUCCAUCCUAGAAUUUGUAUUCUGCAAGAUUAUUCUUCAAAAGUGAAGGAGAAAUGAAAACUUCCUCAAACCAAAAAAAAUUGAGAGAAUUUGUUGCCAGUACACCUUCCUUUCAAGAGAUGUUAGAAGUUCUGCGGAGAGAAGGGAAAUGUUAUAAGUCAAUAAUUAACAUCUACAUAAAGAAUGGGAGAGCAUGGUGAAGAAAUAAUUGAAGGUAAAAUAAAAAUAUGAUUUAUCUUCCCUUUAAUUGAUCUACCAAAUAAAAGUUCAUCCAAAGUAAUUAUAAAAACAAUGCAUCUGAUUAUGUAUGAUCAUGAACUGGGCAUUAUGGAUAUUACCCACUUCAUGGGCAUACACUUGCCCUUGUAUUACACCAGAAGUGGUAGUGUUGUUGUUGUUUUUUUAAUUAGUGGACAUGGAUUAGUUGGAAAGUAUAUGGUAAUCUCUAGAGCAACCACACACACACACAAACACCCCCGCACACACACACAUGAAAAAUUAAAGAAGUAUAAUGGAUAUGCUAAGAAAGAGAGAAAAUAGAACUAUGUAAAAUGCUUGGUUAAAAUUAUAAAAGUUAGAAAAAUUCUGGAAGACAUAAAAAAGGAGGGAAAUCAUAAGCACUAAAUAAAAAAUAAAAACAUCAUCUAUAUUAAUGCAACUAAAUAAAAAUUACUUUAAACAUCAGUGGUCUACAGACACCAAUUAAAUGACAGAAAUCAGAUUAUAUCAAAAAACAAUAUAUCUUGUAUACAAGAAACUCACUUUGAAUAUAAAGUCACAGGUAAAUUAAAAGUAAAGGAAUGGAGCAAGUAAAGAGAUGAAAUCUGCUAGCACUAAUAAAAAGAAAGAGGGAGUAUCUACAUUAACAUCAGACAAAGCAGACUUCAAAGUAAUUUAUCAGGGAAAAAAGAAGGGCAUUACAUAAUAAUAAAGGAGUCAAUUCUCCAAAAAUACAUAUUGAUUCUUACUGUGUAUGUGCCUGAAAACAGAGUGUCAUUUACAUUAGGUAUAUCUCCUAAUGCUAUCCCUCCUCCCUCCCCCCACCCCACGACAGGCCCUGGUGUCUGAUGUUCCCCACCCUGUGUCCAAGUGUUCUCAUUGCUCAAUUCCCACCUAUGAGUGAGAACAUGUGGUGUUUGGCUUUCUGUCCUUGCAAUACUUUGCUUAGAAUGAUGGUUUCCAGCUUCAUCCAUGUCCCUACAAAGGACAUGAACUCAUCCUUUUUUAUGGCUGAAUAAUAUUCCAUGGUGUAUAUGUGCCAAAUUUUCUUAAUCCAGUCUAUCAUUGAUGGACAUUUAGGUUGGUUCCAAGUCUUUGCUAUUGUGAAUAGUGCCACAAUAACCAUACGUGUGUCUAUGUUUUUAUAGCAGCAGGAUUUAUAAUCCUUUGGUUAUAUGUCCUGUAAUGGGAUGGCUGGGUCAAAUGGUAUUUCUAGUUCUAGAUCCUUGAGGAAUUGCCACACUGUCUUCCGCAAUGGUUGAAGUAGUUUACAGUCCCACCGACAGUGUAAAAGCAUUCCUAUUUCUCCACAUCCUCUCCAGCACCUGUUGUUUCCUGACUGUUUAAUGAUUGCCAUUCUAACUGGUGUAAGAUGGUAUCUCAUUGUGGUUUUGAUUUGCAUUUCUCUGAUGGCCAGUGAUGAUAAACAUUUUUUCAUGAGUCUGUUGGCUGCAUAAAUGUCUUCUUUUGAGGAGUUUCUGUUCAUAUACUUUGCCCACUUUUUGAUGGGGUUGUUUGAUUUUUUCAUGUAAAUUUGUUUAAGUUCUUUGUAGAUUCUGGAUAUUAGCCCUUUGUCAGAUGGGUAGAUUGCAAAAAAUUUUUUCCCAUUCUGUAGGUUGCCUGUUCAUGCUGAUGGCAGUUUCUUUUGCUGUGCAGAAGCUCUUUAGUUUAAUUAGAUCUCAUUUGUCAAUUUUGGCUUUCGUUGCCAUUGCUUUUGGUGUUUUAGUCAUGAAGUCCUUGCCCAUGCCUAUGUCCUGAAUGGUAUUUCAUAGAUUUUCUUCUAGGGUUUUUAUGGUUUUAGGUCUAACAUUUAAGUCUUUAAUCCAUUUUGAAUUAAUUUUUGUAUAAGAUGUAAGGAAGGGAUCCAGUUUCAGCUUUCUACAUAUGGCUAGCCAGUUUUCCCAGCACCAUUUAUUAAAUAGGGAAUCUUUUCCCCAUUUCUUGUUUUUGUCAGGUUUGUCAAAGAUCAGAUGGUUGUGGAUGUGUGUGGUAUUAUUUCCAGGGACUCUAUUCUGUUCCAUUGGUCUAUAUCUCUGUUUUGGUACCAGUACCAUGCUGUUUUGGUUACUGUAGCCUUGUAGUAUAGUUUGAAGGCAGGUAGCAGCAUGAUGCCUCCAGCUUUGUUCUUUUGGCUUAGGAUUGUCUUGGCAAUAUGGGCUCUUUUUUGGUUCCAUAUGAACUUUAAAGUAGCUUUUUCCAUUUCUGUGAAGAAAGUCAUUGGUAGCUUGAUGGGGAUGGCAUUGAAUCUGUAAAUUACCUUGGACAGUAUGGCCAUUUUCACAAUAUUGAUUCUUUUUAUCCAUGAGCAUGGAAUGUUCUUCCAUUUGUUUGUGUCCUCUUUUAUUUCUUUGAGCAGUGGUUUGUAUUUCUCCUUGAAGAGGUCCUUCACCUCCCUUGUAAGUUGGAUUCGUAGGUAUUUUAUUGUCUUUGUAGCAAUUGUGAAUGGGAGUUCACUCAUGAUUUGGCCCUCUGUUUGUCUGUUAUUGGUGUAUAGGAAUGCUUGUGAUUUUUGCACAUUGGUUUUGUAUUCUGAGACUUUGCUGAAGUUGCUUAUCAGCUUAAGGAGAUUUUGGGUUGAGAUGAUGGGGUUUUCUAAAGAUACAAUCAUGUCAUCUGCAAACAGGGACAAUCUGAGUUCCUCUUUUCCUAACUGAAACCCUUUAUUUAUUUCUCUUGCCUGAUUGCCCUGGCCAGAACUUCCAACACUAUGUUGAAUAGGAGUGGUGAGAGAGGGCAUCUCUGUCUUGUGCCUGUUUUCAAAGGGAAUGCUUCCAGUUUUUGCCCCUUCAGUAUGAUAUUGGCUGUGGGUUUAUCAUAAAUAGCUCUUAUUAUUUUGAGAUAUGUCCUGUCAAUACCUAGUUUAUUGAGAGUUUUUAGCAUGAAGGCUGUUGAAUUUUGUCGAAGGCCUUUUCUGCAUCUAUUGAGAUAAUUAUGUGGUUUUUGUCUUUUGUUCUGUUUAUAUGAUGGAUUACGUUUAUUGAUUUCCCUAUGUUGAACCAGCCUUGCAUGCCAGGGAUGAAGGCAAGUUGAUUGUGGUAGAUAAGCUUUUUGAUGUGCUGCUGGAUCCGGUUUGCCAGUAUUUUAUUGAGGAUUUUUGCAUCGAUGUUCAUCAGGGAUAUUGGUCUAAAAUUCUCUUUUUUUUGUUGUGGAGAGUGACAUGACUAUUUAGAUACCACACCAAAGACACAAUUCAUGCAAAGUAAUAGAUAAGCUGGAAUAUAUUGAAAAAUUCUGCUUGACAAAAUAUAUUGUCAAGAGAAUGAGAAGACAAGUUACACAAUGAGAAAGACACCUGAUAAAGGAUUAUUAUCCAGAAUAUAGAAAGAACUAUUAAAACUCAACAAUAAGCAAGUGAAUUACCUGAUUUAAAAAAUAGGCAGAAGACAUCUCAAUAAAGGAGAUAUACAGAUGGUGAAUAAGCAUAUGAACAGCUGUAAGUAGAGACUCACGAAUAAAAAUAACAGUGCAGUAUCAUUACAAACUUAUUAGAAUAGCCAAAAUCCAAAACACUGAGAACAUCAAAUUCCGAAAGGGAUGUAUAACAAUAGGAACUCUCAUUCCUUACUUGUGAGGAUGCAAAAUGGUACAGCCAUUUUGUAAGAGAGUUUUGUAGUUUAUUCCAUAACUAAACAUAUUUCUACCAUAUUAUUCAGAAAUCACAAUCCUUGGUAUCUACACAAAGGAGUGAAAAGUUAUGUCCACACCAAGGUGCCCUUCAGUAGGUGAAUGGAGAAAUACACUGUGGUACUGUGGUGAUACAUGCACACAGUGAAAUAUUCAGCACUAAAACAAAAUGAGCUGUCAAGCCAUGAAAAGAUAUGGAGGAAUCUUAAAUGAAUAUUAUGAAGUGAAAGAAGCCAAUCUGAAAUGGCUAUGUACAGUAUAAUUCCAACUAUAUGACAUUCUGGAAAAGGUAAAAGUGUGGAGAUAAUAAAAUCAGUGGUUGCCAGUGGUGGUGGGGAGGAAGCCCAGUCUGUUGCUUGUCUUUCUGUGAUCUCUAAAAUCAUAUUUUACAUUUAGAUAUACAAUCCACUUGGAAUUUUUUUUGUUAUGAUGAAAUGUCAGAGUGGUGUGUCUUACUUUUUCUAUUUAGACAUUCAGCAGAUUCAGUACUGUUUAUUGAAAAGUUUAGCCUUUUCCUGCAGUAUCCCAAAAUGAUACAGUGCCAUAAAUCAGAUCCCCCUAUUUGUUCUAUGUUUGGGUCAGUCUCUGGUUUCUGUUCCAUUAGUCUGGUUAACGAGUCUAUCCUCUGCCAGUGUCAUACGCUCUUUAUUACUUGAUAAGAUGUCUUCAUUUCAGAGAGUGGGAAUCUUCCAUCUUUUUCUUCUUACUUAAGAUUGUCUUGAUUAUUCUUGGCCCUAUGAAUAUCCAUAGAUAUGAUGAAAUCAACUUGUUAAGUUCUACAAUCGCACACAAUCAACUUGUUAAGUUCUACACACACACACACACACACGCACACACACAAUCUUGUAGGGAUUUUAUUGCAAUCAUGGCUUUUUUUGAUACAUUUAAGGAGAAUUAAAAUCCUUAAAAUAUAGCCUUCUAAUCAAUGAAAAUAAAUAUCAAUUUAUUGGUCUUCUUCUUUUUCAACAAUAUUUUAUAGAUUUUGUGUAGAAUUCUUGCAUAUCUUUAUUAGUUUUAUUCUUAGAUGCAUGAUAUUUCUAAGUUUCUAUAAAACACUUAAUACUAAUUCCUGUUUUUAACAAAUAUAUGGAAACACAUUUACUUCUAACUUUUAUUUUAAGUUUUGGUGUACAUUUGCAGGUAACUUCCAGGUGUGCAUGUAUAGGUACAUAUAUAGGUAAAUGUUGUGUCUCAGAGGUUUGGUGUUCAGAUUAUUUUGUCACCCAGGUAAUAAGCAUGGUACCUUAUUGGUAGUUUUUUUUUUUUACCCUCUUCCUCCUCCCACCCUCCACCUUCAAGUAGGCCCCCGUGUCUGUUGUUCCCUUCUUUGUGUCCAUAUGUACUCAAAGUUUAUUUCCCACUUAUAAGUGAGAACGUAUGAUAUCCGGCUUUCUGUUUAUGCUUUACUUCACUUAGGAUAAUGGCCUCCAGCUCCAUCUAUGUUGCAACAGAGGACAUGAUCUCAUUCUUUUUUAUGGCUGCAUAGUAUUCCAUUGUGUAUAGGUACCAUAUUUUCUUUUAUCCACUCUACCAUUGAUGAGCAUUUGGGUGGAUUCCAUGUCUUUGCUAUCAUGAAUAGUGCUGCAGUGAACAUUUGCAUGCUAUUGUCUUCGUGUUAGAAUAAUUUAUAUUCAUUUGGGUAUAUACCCAAUAAUGGGAUUGCUGGGUUGAAUGGUAAUUCUGUUUUAGGUUCUUUGAGAAAUUCCCAUACUGCUUUCCACAUAGCUGAACUAAUUUACAUUCCCACAAGCAGUGCAUAAGUGUUCCCUUUUCUCCACAGCCUCACAAACAUCUGUUAUUUUGUGACUUUUUAAUAAUACUCAUUUUCACUGGUAUAAGAUGCUUUCUCAUUGUGGUUUUGAUUUGAAUUUCCCUAAAGAUUAGUAAUGUUGAGCAUUUUCCUAUAUGCUUGUUGGCCAUGUGUAUGUCUUUUUUUGAACAGUGUCUCUUUAUGUCCUUUGCUCAUCUUUUAAUGGGGUUGUUUAGUUUUUGCUUGUAAAUUUGUUUACAUUAUUUAUAGAUUCUGGAUAUUAGACCUCUGUUGGAUUAGUAGUUUGCAAAUAUUUUCUCCUAUUCUGUGGGUUGUCUUGUCUGUUAUUCUGUUGAUAGUUUCUUUUCCUGUGCAAAAACUCCUUAGUUUAAUUACAUCCCAUUUGUCAAUUUUUGUUUUUGUUGCAAUUGCUUUUGGUGUGUUGAUAAUGAAAUUUUUGCUAGGUCCUAUGUCCAGAAUGGUACUUCCUAGGUUAUUUUCCAGGGUUUUUAUAGUUUUGGGCUUUACAUAUAAGUCCUUAAUCCAUCUUGAGUUGAUUUUUGUAUAUGAUGUAAGGAAAGGGUCCAGUUUCAAUCUUCUGCAUAUGACUAGCCAGUUAUCCCAGCACCAUUUAUAUAAUAGAGAGUCCCUUCCCUCUUGCUUAAUUUUGUUGAAGAUCAGAUGGUUGUAGGUGUGUGGUAUUAUUUCUGGGCUCUCUAUUAUGUUCCACUGGUCUAUGUGUCUGUUUUUGUACCAGUAUCAUGCUGUUUUGGUUACUAUAGCCUUGUAGUAUAGUUUGAAGUUGGGCAAUGUGAUGCUUUCAGCUUUUUUCUUUUUACUUAGGCUUUUAUUAAGGCUCUUUUAUAGUUUAAUAUGAAUUUUUAGAUAGUUUUUUUUUUUUUUUUUUUAGUUCUAUGAAGAAUGUCUUUGGUAGUUUGAUAUGUAUAGCACUGAAUAUGCAAAUUGCUUUGGGAGUUUUUUAAUUUUUGUUUUUUUUUUUUUACUUCUGUGAAGAAUGUCUUUAGUAGUUUGAUGUGUAUAGCAUUGAAUAUGUCAAUUGCUUUGGGCAUUUUAACAAUAUUGAUACUUCCUAUAUAUGAGCAUGGAAUGUUUUUCCAUUUGUUUGUGUUAUCUGUGUUUUAUUUAAGUAGCAUCUUGUAAUUCUCGUUGUAGAGAUAUUUUACCUUGCUGGUUAGCUGUAUUCCUAGGUAUUUUAUUCUUUUUGUGGCAAUUGUGAAUGGAAUUUUGUUCCUGAUUUGGCUCUCAGCUUGGAUGUUUCUGUUGUAUAUGAAUGCUACUGAUUUUUAUAUAUUGAUUUUGUAUCCUGAAACUUUGCUGAAGUAGUUUAUCAUAUCUAGGAGCUUUGGGGCAGAGACUAUGGUGUUUUCUAGGUAUAGAAACAUAUUGUAUGAAUUACAGGGAUAGUUUGUCUUUUUCUCUUCCUAUUUGGAUGCCUUUUGUUUCUUAGUCUUGCCUGAUUACUUUGGCUAAGAUAUCUAGCACUAUGUUGAGUAGGAGUGGUGAGAAAGGGCAACCUUGUUUUGUUCCAGUUUUCAAGGGGAAUGCAUCCAGCUUUUGCCAUUCAGUAUGAUGUUAGCAAUGGGUUUAUCAUAGAUGGCUCUUACUGUUUUGAGGUAUGUCCCUUUAAUGCCUAGUCUGUUGGGGGUAUUUAACAUAAAGGGAUAUUAAAUUUUAUUGAAAGCCUUUUCUACAUCUGUUGAGAUCUUAUGUGGUUUUUGCUUUUAGUUCUGUUUAUGUGAUGAAGUAUAUUUAUUGAUUUGCAUAUGUUGAACCAACUUUGCAUCACUGGGAUAAAGCCUAACUGAUCCUUGUGGAUUAACUUUUUGAAUUGCUACUAAAUUUGGUUUGCUUGUGUUUUAUUGAGGAUUUUUGCACUUUUGUUCAUCAGGAAUAUUGAACUUCUGUUAUUUUGUUAUGUCUCUGCCAAGUUUUGUAUCAGAAUGAUGCUGACCUCGUAGAGUUAGGGAGGAUUCUCACCUCCUCAAUUUUUUGGAAUAGUUUCAGUAGGAAUGUUACCACCUCUCCUUUAUUUAUCUGGUAGAAGUGGGUUAUGGAUUAUUCUGGCCCUGAACUUUUUCUGGUUGGCAGGCAUUUUAUUACUGAUCCUAUUCUGGAACUUAUUAUUGAUCUGUUCAAGGAUUCAAUAUCUUACCGGUUCAAACUUGGGAGGCUGUAUGUUUCCAGGAAUUUAUCCAUUUUCUCUAAAUUUUCUAGCUUGUGUACACAGAGGUUUUUAUAAUAAUCUCUGAGGGUUUUUUUGUGUUUCUGUGAGGUCAACUGUACAUCCUCUUUGUCUUUUCUGCUUGUAUUUAUUUGGAUCAUCUCUCUUUUUCUCCUUUAUUAGUCUAGCUAGAGGUCUAUCUAUCAUUAAUAUUUUGAAAGAAUCAGCUCCUAGAUUCACUGAUCUCUUGUAUGAUUUUUUGCAUCUCAGUUUCCUCUGGUCAGCUCUAACUUUGGUUAUUUCUUGUCUUCUGCUAGUCUUGGAGUUGGUUUGCUCUUGUUUCUCUAAUUGUGAUAUUAGGUUGUCAAUUUGAGAUCUUUCUAACUUUUUAAUGUUGGUGUUUAGUGCUAUAAACUUCCCUCUUAAAACUACUUUGGCUUUGUACUAGAGAUUCUGGUGUGUUGUAUUUUUUUUUCUGAUUAGUUUCAAAUAAUUCUUUGAAUUCUGCCUUUAUUUCAUUAUUUACCCCAAAGUCAUUCAAAAGCCAAGUUUUUAAGUUUCCGUAUUAUUGUAUUGAGUGAUUUUCUUAGCAUUGAUUUCUAUUUUAUUGCACUGUGGUAUGAGAUCCUGGUUGGUAUGAUUUUGUUUUUUAUGAAUUUACUGAGGAUUGUUUUAUGCCCAAUUCUGUGGACAAUUUUACAGUAUGUGCCAUGUGGCAAUGAUAAUAGUGUAUAUUCUGUUUUUGGAUGAAGAGUCCUGUUGAUGUCUAUUAGAACCAUUUUGUCUGGUGUGGAGUUCAGGUUACAAAUACCUUUGUUAGUUUUCUGCCUUGAUGAUCUGUCUAAUACUGUCUAAUCCUGUCAAUAAUGUGUUAAAGUAUCCCACAGCUAUUGUGUGGUUAUCUAAGUAUCUUAAUAGGUCUUCGUAACUUGUGUUAUGAAUCUGGGUGCUCCUGUGUUAGGUGUGUAUAUGUGCAGGAUAGUUAGGUCCUCUUGUUGAAUCAAGGCCUUUACCAUUAGGUAAUGCAUUUUUUUUUGUCUUUUUUGAUUUUUGUUGAUUUAAAGUAUCUUUAAACCAAUUAGAAUAGCAGCCCCUGCCUCUUUAUGUUUUGCAUUCACUUGCUAGAUUUUUUUCUAUCCCUUUACUUUGAGCCUAUAGGUGUCAUUGCAUGUGAGAUGGUGCUACUGAAGGCAGCAUGCUGUUUGGUUUUCCAUUUUUAUCCAGCUUUCCACUCUUUGCCUUUCAAUUGUGGCAUUUAGCUCAUUUACAUUCAAAGUUACCAUUGAUAUGUGUGAAUUUGAUUCUGUCAUCAUGUUGUUAGCUGGAUAUUAUGCAGACUUCUUUGUGUGGCUGUUUUAUAGUGUCGCUGGUCUAUGUACUUAAGUGUGUUUUUGUAGUGGGCAGUAAUGGUCUUUCUUUUCCAUAUUUAGCACUCCCUUCAGGAUCUCUUGUAAGGCAGAUCUGCUGGCAAUGAAUUCCCUUAGCAUUUACUUAUCUGAAAAGGAUCUUAUUUCUUCUUUACUUGGCUGGAUAUGAAAUUCUUGGUUGAAAAUUUUUUUUCUUUUAAGAAUGCUGAAUAUUGGCCCCCAGUUUUAUCUGGCUCAUAGAGUUUCUGUUGACAGGUCUGCUGUUUGCCCGAUGGGAUUUCCUUUGUAUGUGACCUGCCCCUUCUUUCUAGUGCUCUUUAACAUUUUUUCUUUCAUUUUGACCUUUGAAAAUCUAAUGACUAUGUGACUUGAGGAUUGUCUUCUUAUUUAGUAUUUUGAGGGGUUCUCUGUAUUUCCUCAAUAUUUGAAUGUUGGCCUCUCUAGUGAGGUUGGGAAAAUUUUCAUGGACAGUAUCCUGAAAUAUGUGUUUUAAGUUGCUUAGUUCUCUUCUUCUCUCUCAGGGAUGCCAGUGAGUCAUAAAUUUGGUGUUUUUACUUAAUCCCAUUUUUUUUCUCAGAUGUUUUAUUCAGUCUUUAUUGUUUUUUCUUCAUUUUUUUCUUCCUGAGUUAUUUCAAAGGAUCAGUUUUCAAGCUCUGAAAUUCUUUUCUCAACUCAGUUGAUACUGCUGUUAAUACUUGCGACUGUUUUAUAAAAUUUUUCUAGUGUAUUUUUCAGCUCUUUCAGAACUGUUUAGUGCUUUCUUAUAAUGACCAUUUGAUUUUUCAACUCCUGUAUUGUUUUAUUGUAAUCCUUAGAUUUCUCGGUUUGGGUUUCAACUAUCUCCUGUAUGUUGAUGAUUUUCAUUCCUGUUCUUAUUCUGAAUUCUAUUUCUGACAUUUUAGCCAUUUCAGCUUGGUUAAGAACCAUUGCUGGUGAACGAGUGCAAUCAUUUGGAGGUAAAAAAACAUUCUGGCUUUUUGAGUUGCCAGAGUUGUUGUGCUGGGUUUUUUCUCAUUUGUGUGGGCUGAUGUUUGUUCAGUCUUGAAGUUACUGUCCUUGUGGGGAUUUUUUUUUUUUUUUUUUUGCUUUUUUCUUCUUUAAUACCCUUGAGGGGUUAAUUAUGGUAUAUGGUGUGUUUGGUUUACUCACUUCAAUUCUAGUUCAUUCCUGGUCUUGGAGGAACCUCCUCCACUAACUCUCCAUGCCCACAUUUCUUAUGUGGGGUGUUCUGCUUCGUGAGUUCUCACAGGCAGGGGCCUGAGUUAGCAAACAAGCUAUAUCCUUGUGAGGUCAGCCCUAAUCUGCUAUAUGUAUGCCUCCUGGGGAAAUACAAGGUUGUGCCUGCCCUCAGACAGAAGUAGGCAGAAGUAGGACCACUGGGCUGGAAGCUCUAGCAGGCAUGGCUUUCCUGGCUACCAGAAAUAAGGAUGGGUGGGGAUGCCUGCCCUGCUGUCUAGGCCUUUCCUGAGACACAGGAAACUGUGCCUGCUAGCUGAGUUUACACAGAAUCAGGGUUGCUAGGCUGGAAAUUCUAGCAAGUGUUGCCUGCUUGGCUAUUAAUGGUGGGGGAGGGUGGGGUCAUGAGCCCUGCACUCUGGGUGUUUCCUGGGACAACAGGAGGCUGCAUUCAUCAGCUGAGUUCAUGCAGAACCAGGAGCACCAUGCUAGAGGCUGUGGCAGGCCUGCCUACCUGGUUACCACUGGUAGGGCCAGGUGGUGUCAUGUGCUCUGACAUCUGGAUGUUUCCUAGGGGACAAUAUAAAGAUGUGCUUACCAGAUGAGUUCACAUAGAAGUGGAACUGCUGGGCUAGAAGCUCUAGCAAGCAUUGCCUGCCUGGUUACCAGUAGUGAGGGCCGGUGUGGUCACCAACUCUGUUGUCUGGGUGUUUUCUGAGACAACAGGAAGAUGUGCCCUCCAACUGAGUUCACACAGAAGUGGGACUGCUGGGUUGGGCACGGUGGCUCAUGCCUGUAAUCCCAGCACUUUUGGAGGCCGAGGUGGGCAGAUCACAAGUUCAAGAGAUCAAGACUAUCCUGGCCAAUAUGGUGAAACCCCGUCUCUGCUAAAAAUACAAAAAUUAGUUGGGCAUGGUGGCAUGCACCUGUAGUCCCAGCUAGUUGGGAGGCCAAAGCAGGAGAAUUGAACCCAGGAGGUGGAGGCUGCAGUGAGCCGAGAUCCUGCCACUGCACUCCAGCCUGGUGACAGCUAGACUACGUCUAAAAAAAAAGAAAAAGAAAAAGAAAAAAGGGAUGGCUGGGAUAGAAGCUCUAGCAGGGGUUGUCCAUGUAGUUAUCAGUGGUGGGGGUGUGGCAGGAGUGGGCAGGCAAGUUUGGGCCUAAGCAGGACCACUGGGCUGGAAGCUGCCACCAAGCCCUAUCCGGAAAGGGCGGUGCAACAAUCUCACUGCUCCAAGUCACCACAAUUGGUGCCUCUAUUGGGGUUGUGGCCACCAGUAUAGGUCUGCUGCAGGGCUCAAGGCUUGUAAAGUUUCCUUGGACUUGUGAGUUGCCCCUGCAAAACAUCCAGGUGGCUCUUUGCCUCAGUUUAGAAGUGCAGUGGGGGUAUGGGGGCGCCAGGGGGAUUCUCUUAUUCCCAGUCUUACACAGGUCCCUGUGGAGAGCAUGAAUCACCCUGGGCACCCUUACUUACCCUUUCCCAUGUCAGAGAGGUUCUCCUGGCUUCGCGUUGAGCCCAAACAUGCUAGCACCCAGCUUUUCUCCUCUCUGUUCUGUGUCCCCCUGCUGCCUUGAUGGAUCCCGAUGUGGUUUUUCAGAUGAUCGGCCUGUUGGGUUAGUGUUCACUAGCCUUUUUGUUUCCUCUCCAUGAGAGAGGCACACAUGUGCUGCUUCUAGUCUGCCAUCUUGGCCUCACCCUAAAUCUGAUUAUUUUUAAGUGUUUCUACAUUUGCUUAUUAUUAUUGUUAUUAUCAUUAUUAUUAUUUGAAGAGGCAGGGUCUCACUGUUUUGCCGAGGCUGGUCUCCAACUCCUGCGCUCAAGCAAUCCUCUCAGAGGGCUGGGAUUACGGGGAUAAGCCACCACACCUGGCCCUACAUUUACUUUAACAUAACAACCAAUUAUCCAACAUCUUUAUCUUUUGAGCAGGUAGACAUAACUUAUUUCUAUAAAUGAUAUAAAUCAUAAUAUAGCUUAUAAUCAUUUAUCUAUUAAUAUAACUUGAGUUUUCUAUUAAUUAUACUAUGAAUAAAAAUUUAAUACAUUCACAGCUUCUAAUAUGCUGACAUUUAACAUGUAUUUAAGAGAAUAAUUAACUUUAAUGUUAAAGAAAUAGUUUAUGCAAGAUGUUAUUUUCUUUCUGAUUUACCUCUUCAAACUGUGACCAUGAGAUUAGCUGAAGAUUCUAGGUCACCAUUCAUUAUGUAUAGUUUCUUUCCAAAAUAGUAGUAGAAAUUUAUCCUUAGCUUAAACAUCUUUGUAAAAGCUUUAUAUUCUUUUCAGGAAUCUGAAUUUACUUGGAAAGAGUCUGCAGUUAAGACAAGACUAUUUUACAUUUGCAGUUUUCCAUUCAAUUUUUUUUCUUCUAUUUGUUAUAUGCUCUUGCAGGUAUUUUCAAUUGCCUAUUACUCUGCAGCCUAGGAUUAGUCUCCUGUUUUCAAAUUGUUUAAGGAAAUCCAUUUUAUUAAUUGCUUCUUUUAAAACUGUCAGAUCAGACCAGGCACAGUGACUCACACCUGUAAUCCCAGCACUUUGGGAAGCCAAGGCAGGUGAAUCACAUGAGGCCAGGAAUUCAAGAGAAGCCUGGGCAACAUGGCAAAACCCUAUCUCUACUAAAAAUACAAAAAUUAGCCAGACGUGAUGGCACAUGCCUGUAAUCCCAGCUACUCAGGAGGCUGAGGCAGGAGAAUCGCUUGAACUCAGGAGGCGGAGGUUGCAGUGAGCCGAGAUUGUGCCACUGCAAUUCAGCCUGGGCGACAGAGCAAGACCCUGUCUCAAAUUAAUUAAUUAAUGAUUGAUUAAUUAAUUAAUUAAUUUUAAAAAUAAAUUAAAUUAAAUUAUUAAAAAAAGGUCAGAUCAUUUGGGUGGCAUCAUAAUAAAACAAACCAAAACAAUAACAGCUUAAAUCUACAGAGGCUGACAUAGCACACAUGUAAUUCACAUUUUAAUUAUUUAUUCUUAUUUCUGUAGACAGCUCACAACUCUUCAAACAAAUUUGAUUUCAUGCUUUUCAGAUUUCAUACUUUUUAUAUCUGUUAAGAUACUCAAAGCUACUUUUCGCGGGUACUUAUAUUUUGUCCUUAAAAGGACAUGGAUAUGCGUGGAAUUAUAAAAACUAUCACUGUCAUGUUUUACUAGGUUCUGAAGAUCUGAUCUUACCUCUUGCUCCCUCAAUUCUGUUCUGAAUGAAGGUAUAGGUAGUUCCCUAUGUAUGUGAUGUGGCCAAGCAUUAAACACAUGGCCAUAAAAUAAUAAAUAGGAUUGCAUUCUUACAAUGAAACCAUACUUAAAGGACAGACGUAGGAAACAUGAAAAAUUUACCCUACUAUUUCAAAACCCGCUAAAGAUUUAGAGAAAAUGAGAGAAAUUAUAAAAACAACAUCAAUCAAAUUUAGAAAAAUCUGUAAAUAAAAUUAGACAAGGUGAUAUAAAAAAUUUCUGGUCAUCUUAGAAAUAAAUGAACUCUAAAAGGAAAAAAUAUAUAGAAAUGAAGUUUAAACAAAAAGGAAAACAAUAAUGAAUACUUACGUAGAUAAUGCCAAAAGGGAAAAACCGCAGACACAUAUAAACAUAUAUACACACAUGCAUGCACACAAAUACAAACAUAAAUACAUAUACAGUCAUGUGCCACAUAAUUAUGUUUUGAUCAGUGUUAUAUCACAUGUACAAUGGUGGUCCCAUAAGAUUCUAAUAAAGCUGAAAAAUUACUAUCACCUGGUGUCAUUGUAGCAGUCAUAACAUGGUUAUAGCGGUCAUAGCACAAGGCUUACUCAUCUGUCUUUGGUGAUGCUGAUGUAAACACACCUACUGUCCUGGCAGUGGUGUAAAAGUAUAGCACAUACAAUUAUGUACAGUAUCUAAUACUUGAUAAUAAAUAUGUUACUGGUUUAUGAACUUACUAUACUAUUUAUUAUUCAUUUGGGAUAUACUUCUACUUACUAUUUUUUUUUAAAAAGGUAACUGUAAAAACAGCCCAGCGCAAUUCCUUCAGGAGUUAUUUCAGAAGUAGACAUUGUGAUAGGAGAUGAUAGCUCCAUACAUUUGAUGAGAUAUGAGAUGAGAUAUGGAAGUGGAACAUGUUGAUGUUAAUGAUACUGACCACGUGUAGGCCUAGGAAAAUGUGUGUUGAUGUCACAGAUUUUAACAAAAAAAAAUUAAAUAGUAAAAGAAAAAUAAAAUGUUUUUAAAAAGAAAGAAGCUUAUUGAAUAAGGAUAUAAAGAAAGAAAAUAUUUUUGUACAGCUGUACUAAAUAUUCUGUACAAUGUGUUUGUGUUUUAAGCUGUUAUUACAAAACAGCACAAAAGUUAACAAAUUUAAAAGUUUAAAAGUAAAAAAGUUACAGUACCAUCAGGUUAAAUUUUAUAAAAACAUUUUAUUUUUAAUUACUAUGGAUAUACAAUCAUUAUCAAUACUUAUGGGGUACAUGUGAUAUUUUGAUAAAAGCAUAAAAUGUGUAAUGUUCAAAUCAGGGUAAUUGGCUUAUGCAUCAAUCACCUCAAGCACUUAUCAUUUCUUUGUGUUACAAACAUUCCAAUUUCACUCUUUUAGUUUUUUUGAAAUGUACAAUAAAUUGUUAACUAUAGUUGUCUUAUUUUGCUACAAAACACUGGAUCAUAUUUCUUCUAUCUAACUGUAUUUUUGUACCCAUUUACCAUCCACUCUUCAUCCUCCCUGCCAACUACCAUUCCCAGCCUCUGGUAACCAUCAUUCUAUUUUCUAUCUCCAUGAGUUCAGUAUUUUUUAUUUCCCACAUAUGAGUGAGAACAUGUGAUAUUUGUCUCUUUGUGCCUGUCUUACUUAACUUAAUGUCCUCCAGUUCUAUUCAUGUUAUUGAAAAUGACAGGAUUUCAUUUUUGUGAUUAUAUUGUGUAUAUGUGCCACUUUUUAAACCCAUUUAUUAACUGAUGGAUACUUAGGUUGAUUCUGUAUUUUGGCUAUUGUGAAUAGUACUGUUACAAACAUGGCAGUGCAAAUAUCUCUUUGAUAUACAGAUUUCCUUUCUUUUGGAUAUAUGCCCACCAGUGGGUUUGCUGGAUCGUAUGGUAGUUCUAUUUUCAGUUUCUUUUUUUUUUUUGAGGAAUCUCCACAGUGUUCUCCAUAGUAGCUCUUCUAAUUUAAAUUUUCAUCACCAGUGUACAAGAGUUUCUCUUUCUCCACAUCCUCUUCAGCAUUUGUUAUUGCCUGUCUUUUUGAUAAAAGCUAUUUUAACUGGGAUGAGAUGACAUCUCCUUGUAGUUUUUAUAUGCAUCUAUCUAAUGAUUAAUGAUGUUGAACAUUUUUUCAUAAAACUGUUGGUCAUUUGUUUGUCUUCUUUUAAGAAAUGUCUGUUCAUACCUUUUAUCCAUUUUUGUACUAUAAUUUGAAGUCAGGUAAUGUGACACCUGAAGCUUUGUUCUAUUUUGCUCUGUAAUUCCAUAUAUAUUUUAAUAUUUUUUAUAUUUCUGUGAAGAAUAUUAUUGGUAUUUUGAUGGAGAUUGCAUUGGAUCUGCAGAUUUCAUUGAAUAGUACUGACUUUUAAACGAUAUAGAUAGUUUUUUUUACUGUGCAGAAGCUUUUUAGUUUAAUUAGGUCCAAUUUGCCAGUUUUUUGUUGUCGUUGCAAUUGUUUUUGGCAUCUUCAUCAUGAAAUCUUUGCCAGGACUUAUGUCCAGAAUGGUAUUUUCUAGAUUAUCUCCAAUAAUUUAUAUAGUUUUAGGUUUUACAUUUAAGCAUUUUAUCUAUUGUGAAUUGAUUUUUGCAUAUGGUGUAAGGAAGCAGUCAAGGUUCAAUCUUCUGCAUAUGGCUAGGCAGUUAUCCUAGCAUCAUUUAUUGAAUAGUCCUUUCCCCAUUGCUAGUUGGUCAACUUUGUCAAAGAUCACAUGUUUGUAGGGGUUUGGAUUUAUUUCUGGGCUCUCUAUGCUGUUUUAGUAGUCUAUAUAUCUGUUUUUGUACCAGUACCAUGCUGUUUUGGUUACCGUAGGCUUGUAGUAUAGUUUGAAAUUGGGUGACGUGCUGUCUCCAACUUUGUACUUUUUGCUUAGAAUUGCUUUGGCUAUGUGAGUUUUUUUUGGUUCCAUGUGAAUUUUAGAAUACUUUUUUCUAAUUCUGUGAAUAAUGUAAUUGGUAGUUUUAUAGGAAUAGCACUGAUAUGUAAAUUACUUUGGGCAAUAUGGCCAUUAUAACAAUAUUGAUUUUUCCUAUCCAUGAGCAUGGAAUGUUUUUUUCCAUCUGUUCAUGUCAUCUUUGAUUUUUUUGAGCACUGGUUUGUAAUUCUCAUUGUAGAGAUAUUUCAUGCCCCUGUUAGGUGUAUUCCUAGGUAUUUUAUUCUUUUUGUGGCUAUAUUGUGAAUGGGAUUGUCUUUCUGAUUUGUCUGUCAGCUUGGAUGUUGUUGGUAUAUAGAAAUGCUACUGAUUUUUGUACAUUGACUUUGUAUCUUGAAACUUUGCUGAAGUUCUUUAUUAGAUCUUGGAGCUUUUCAACAGAGACUAUGGGUUUUUCUAGGUAUAGCAUCACAUAAUCUGCAAACAAAGACAGUUUUACUUCCUCUCCUCCUAUUUAGAUGCCUUUCAUUUCUUUGCCUGAUGCUCUGGCUAGGACUUAUAGUGCUGUAUUGAAUAGGAAUCAUGACAGUGGGCGACCUUGUCUUGUUUUACUUCUAAGGGGAAUGCUUCCAGCUUUUGCCCAUUUAGUAUGAUGUUGGCUGUUGGUUUGCAAACUAUGCACCUGACAAACAGCUAGUAUCCGGAAUCUCUAAGGAACUUAAACACAGUAUCUAGCAAAAAACAACCCCAUUUAAAAGUGGGCAAAGUACAUGAACAGUCACUUUUCAAAGUAAUACAUAUGGCCAGGCGUGGUGGCUCAUGCUUGUAAUCCCAGUACUUUGGGAGGCUGAGGCAAGUGGAUCACAAGGUUAGGAGUUCGAGACCAACCUGGCCAACAUGGUGAAACCCCAUAUCUACUAAAAAUACAAAAAUUUGUCAAGUGUGAUGGCAUGCACCUGUAAUCUCAGCUACUUGGGAGGCUGAGGCAGCAUAAUUGCUUGAACCUGGGAGGUGGAGGUUGCAGUGAGCCGAGAUUGUGCCACUGUACUGCAGCCUUGCUGACAGAGCCAAAAAAGAGUGCAUACAAGUGGCCAAAAACAUAUGAAAAAAUGCUCACCAUCAUUAAUCAUUAGUAGAAAUGCAAAUGGAAUUCCAAACCACAAUGAGAUACCGUCUCACACCAAUCAGAAUAAGUAUUAUUAAGAAGUCAAAAAAUAAAUGCUGGCAAGGUUGCAAAUAAAAGGGAACACUUAUA